GGAGGAGGAGAGAGUGUCCAUAUCAUAAUCAUUCGUUAAUCAAAUUGCAAAAUCUAACUUCCGCACACCCACAAAGGCCACACACCAAAUAAAAAAAAUGGAAUUAGUUGAAGAGAAGAAGGCUCCAAAAGAAGAAAAGAAGAUGGGAGAAAGAAGAGUUGUGGUGGACAAAGCUUAUCUAUACGAUGAAGACAAACCACUUACCGUCUGCAAAACAUCUCUCUUCCACACCGGCGAUGGUUUCACCGCCUACGACUGUAACGGCGAUAUCAUCUUUAGGGUCGAUUCCUACGGUAGAGAUAACGACGAGUUGGUCCUCAUGGACGCCACCGGAAAGUGUCUCCUCACCGUUAAACGCAAGAGACCUACUCUGCAUCAGAGGUGGGAAGGUUUUCUCGGGGAGAGAUCGGAGGGUCAGAAACCGAUCUUCAGCGUUCGGAGAUCGUCGAUAAUCGGGCGGUGCACGAUGGAAGUAGAAGUAUACGACGGAAGCGGAGAAGAGUACACCAUAGACGGCGACUUCUCCUUACGAAGCUGUCUCAUAUACGACACGGAGAAGCGAACCGUGGCUGAGAUCAAACGCAAAGUGGACAUGUCAACGAACGUGAUGCUUGGACGAGAUGUGUUCGCUCUCGAGAUCAAACCCGGUUUCGACGGCGCUUUCGCGAUGGGUUUGGUCCUCGUGCUUGACCAGAUCAACGGUGAUGAUCCCGUUGAGAUUGGUGAUGAACAAGUACACCCUUUUGUCGAGGAUUAGUUUCUCUCUAUCUCUCACUUUCACCUCGUCAAGUCUUUGUUCAGGUUUUAAACCAAUCGAAUCUAAUCUUUGGGUUUUGUCAAAUCUUUGGAUUUGGACAUUUGAGGUUGUUUGUAUGUCAGUCAUUAAUGUUGUUACGUUACAUAAUAUAUAGUCUAUGUCUCGUGAACUUUGUUGACUAUAUGUUGAUGUUACAAAGUUCUUGUCUUCUUUUUAAUUCAUGUAUACAUGCAUUAUAUCAGAAAUUGUUCAAAAAACUUUUUAGA